AUGGAGUACAUGUUUCGUCUAGUGGAUUAUAAAGAUUCCUUCGCUCGCCGUUGUAUCAUGGUCAAUGGCCCGGUCAUAAUUGGGGCCGGACCAUCAGGACUAGCAACUGCGGCUUGCCUCAGAGACCAAGGAGUGCCCUUUGUGGUGCUUGAAAGAGCUGAAUGCAUAGCAUCCCUAUGGCAAAAACGCACCUAUGACAGGCUUAAGCUUCACCUUCCCAAGGCAUUUUGCCAACUCCCCAAGCUUCCAUUCCCUGAAGACUUCCCUGAGUACCCAACAAAGAAACAAUUCAUUGACUACCUUGAAUCAUACGCCAAACACUUUGAGAUCAACCCAAAGUUCAAUUCUUGCGUCCAGUCUGCAAGGUACGAUGAGACAAGCGGUUUCUGGCGGGUGAAGACCGUUACCUCAACCGAGUCGACCCGGUCCGAGGUGGAGUACAUUUGCAGGUGGCUCAUAGUGGCCACCGGCGAAAAUGCAGAGUGUGUCGUGCCGGAAUUCGAUGGCUUGUCGGAUUUUGGAGGCAAAGUUGUGCACGCUUGUGAGUACAAGUCUGGAGAAAGUUUCAGAGGAAAGAAAGUUCUUGUUGUUGGCUGUGGAAAUUCAGGCAUGGAACUCUCUCUUGACCUCUGCAACCACAAUGCCUUGCCAUCAAUGGUGGUUAGAAGCUCCGUUCAUGUCUUGCCUAGAGAAAUGUUUGGAAAAUCGACAUUCGAAUUGGCGGUUCUGUUGCUGAAAUGGCUGCCCAUUUGGUUGGCUGACAAGCUCCUCUUACUGUUCUCAUGGUUGAUUUUAGGAAGCAUUGAGAAAUAUGGACUGAACAGGCCUUCUGUGGGACCAAUGGAGCUCAAGAACAUGGAGGGGAAGACCCCUGUUUUGGACAUUGGAGCGCUGGAUAAAAUUAAGUCUGGUGGUAUUAAAGUGGUUCCUGGAAUCAAGAGGUUCUCAAGUGGCCAAGUUGAGCUUGUCAAUGGCGAAAGGCUUGAUAUUGAUUCAGUUGUUCUAGCUACUGGCUACCGCAGCAAUGUCCCUUCUUGGCUUCAGGAAGGUGAUUUCUUCUCCAAGAAUGGAUUCCCAAAGCAGCCAUUCCCACAUGGCUGGAAAGGAAAUGCUGGGCUCUAUGCAGUUGGGUUCACAAGGAGGGGGCUCUCUGGUGCAUCAUCUGAUGCCAUGAGAAUUGCACAAGAUAUUGGCAAGGUCUGGAAAGGAGAAACCAAGCAGAUAAAAAAGAGAACCACAGCUUGCCAUAGAAGAUGCAUUUCCCAGUUCUAAAUAUGUCCAUUCAUUCAGAUUGACCGUCCAUUGACUUCAGUGUUUAGUUGGGGUUAA